UCUGUUUCCAUGAUAGUGUCUUCCGUGUCCGCAAUGUUGUUGUAAGAAGAGAAAUCGCUGCAGGAUGGAACUUGGCAAACAAACCAAGGUCUCGGCCAAGGCAAUGCAUUGUCUGUUAAUUUUCCAAACAAAACCAGUUCUGCUGAAUAAUAACCAACCAUGACUACGGAAUCAGGAUCAGAUUCGGAGUCCAAGGAUAAGGAGCAGGAUCAGCAGGAGGCCCCGGCGCAGCAGGGCCCGGCAGAGCCGCAGCCUCCAGAGCAGCAGCAGCAGCAGAGUUCAGCUGCUCUGAGGUGA